AAAGCCGGCGAGAGAAACGUCACUCGAGUUUGUUUUGCUUUUGGGUGGAGGAGAUUUUCGUGCUGUGCUUUUCUGUUCAUUUUCCAGCGAUUUCUACGAACAAGAGAUUAAAAAUGAGUGCAGUGGAUGGACAAUUGUCCGUUUCGACGCUGCGGCAAAUGCUGGUGUCCCUGGUGAAUUUCACAGGGACACACAAAGAACAGGCAGACAAAUAUCGAUCUAUUUUGGAAGUGAUUCUGGCAAAGAGCGGCCCGGACGUUGCUGACACGCUGAAGCUGUUUAUAGAAUCCAUCGUCAAUGAACACGUGAGUCUCGUGAUCUCACGACAGAUCCUCACAGAUGUUGCGGUUCAUCUCACCAAGCUUCCGGACGACACUUCCAAAGUCAUCUCGCACUUCACGCUCGACAAAGUGCAGCCGCGUGUGAUCUCAUUUGAGGAGCAAGUGGCUAGUAUUCGUCAGCACUUGGCCAAGAUAUAUGAGCAUCAGCAGAAUUGGCGUGAGUCCGCCAAUGUGCUCGUGGGAAUCCCACUGGAGACUGGCCAGAAGCAGUACUCGGUGGAUUACAAGCUGGAGACUUACUUGAAGAUAGCCAGACUCUACCUGGAGGACGACGAUCCUGUCCAGGCGGAGGCGUACAUCAAUCGGGCCUCUCUGUUGCAGGCGGAGACCAAGAGUGAGAAACUGCAGGUGCUCUACAAAGUCUGCUAUGCUCGUGUGCUGGAUUACAGGAGGAAGUUCAUUGAGGCGGCCCAAAGAUAUAAUGAGCUGUCGUACAGAACCAUUGUGGAUGAGGAGGAGCGCAUGACUGCCCUGAAGAAGGCGCUGAUUUGCACAAUUCUCGCCUCUGCUGGCCAGCAGAGAUCUCGCAUGCUGGCCACACUGUUCAAGGAUGAGCGCUGCCAACAUCUGCCGGCGUACUCGAUUCUGGAGAAGAUGUACCUCGACAGGAUCAUCAGGCGAUCCGAACUGGAGGAAUUCGAGGCUCUGCUGCAGUUGCACCAGAAGGCCAGCACUCUGGAUGGAUCAUCGAUUCUCGAUCGUGCCGUGUUUGAGCACAAUCUCCUCUCCGCGAGCAAGCUCUACAAUAAUAUAACAUUCGUGGAGCUUGGCGCUCUGCUGGAGAUUUCGCCCAACAAGGCAGAGAGAAUCGCCAGCCAGAUGAUCACGGAGGGGCGCAUGAAUGGGUACAUCGAUCAGAUUGACGGCAUUGUGCACUUCGAGACCAGGGAAAUCCUGCCGCAGUGGGACAAGCAGAUCCAGUCGCUCUGCUAUCAAGUGAAUGGAAUCAUCGAAAAGAUUGGCAUCGCGGAGCCGGAGUGGAUGACGCGAACGCUGGAUGAGCAGAUGCAAAACUGAGAAUUAAAUGAUCUUAUUGAAA